UCCGGAAGCCCUAAUUGAAAAGGGUGUUCCGGUGCUUCCUAGAGGCCCAGUUUGUUAGGUUGAGUUAGAAACUCUUGAGCACUUGUUUUUGUAUUGCCCAGUGGCGCGAAUCCUUUGGAAUUACGCAGGACUGGAGUAUCCAGGGCAAGGGUUACCUCGCCAUACUUUCCCCCUCUUUUUGAAGAAGAUGAUGGUGUUGAUCCAUCAGCCUUCUCUGUUCAUGGCGGUGGUUGCAAUCCUUUGGAGGAUAUGGCGGUUUCAAAACUGGGUUAUCUUUGAAGGCAAGCAGUUAGGGAUACCAGCCUUGAUGCAUCAAUUUCACCAGCGAUAUGAUGAGUGGGUCAGUUUGCCGGUGGAUCGAUUGCCUCAGCCAUCCAUCCCGUUAAUAAACCAUUUCGCCCCUGAGGAGGCGAAUAUGUUGGUUUGUAUGUGGGAUGGUGCUACAAGGAGUGGGUCGCAUUCCGCUGGUGGGAUGGUGAUUAUGAGCCCAGCCAGGAAUGUCCUAAUGGCUAGUGGGAUUCAGAUUUCGUUGAUUGAUGACCCUAUGGUGGUCGAAUUACUUGUGCUCCGGGUGGCAAUCGUAUGAUGUCUGGGCCACGGAAUCACAGUAGUAAGGUUUGAAGGCGAUGCAAAGGUGGUUAUUGAGAAGUUUAUUCGGGCGGACACUAGUGAUAAUAAGGUGGGGGCUGUUCUUGAAGAAGUUGUGCACUAUUUUACCCUCCAUUCUGGAUUUAGUAUUCGGUUUGUAGGUCGGCGUAGCAAUAGGGUAGCCCAUGUGGUAGUACCUGACUACAAGUCGUUAUUUUGAUUUCCAAGUCUGGCUAAAUUCUAGGAUGUAAUUGCCUUUUCUUUUGAAUUAAUAUACGCACAUGGGUCAU